CUCACUUACACCACAACCAACAUCACACUACUGCACACACUCUCAAAAACCAACCCCAGGCACCAACACCCCAUAUUUUACACUUACUCUACAAGACGUACAGUAAAGUCUGGUCUAGUUUAGUCCCCAGGCAUCCAAUUACUACAAAGUCACUCGGUACUUGGCUUACACAGCUUUCAAACUACCCUUCCUCAUUUCUAUAUAACCCACCCCCAUCUGCCACUCUCUCAACAACCAAACAAAACACUCAAUUCAUCUUACACAAACACUACUAUAAGAGCUUGAACUUUUCUUUCUCUUCAAACUGUCUUCUCAACAAUCACCUCUUAUCAUUGAGAACAUCGUCCACAACCGUCAUCGUCGAAGCAGCACUUCUUCACCACCUGAGCAGACUAUAACAAGAACACAUCGUCUGCCUCCGGUUGUCAUCCAAGAGGAUCCCCCACAGCGCAACAGUCGCUUAGAACCUCACACCACCGACACAAUGUGCACUACAAACAUCUACACAUACGUCCACCCCGAUGGACGCCGCGAGCAGUGGUCUCAACCUACGCUCUGCACAAACUCUCGCCAUGGACAAGUCUGCGCCAGCAACUUUUUGUUCGAGCACCCAGUCCAAUACGUUCCCGCUCCCUACGACGCUUCUUCUUACCCUUACGCUACUCAACUCCCUCCUACGCCUCAGUAUAGCCCUGCUCCCUCUACACCGUCGGGUUCAUACCGCUCAGGAGAUGAAUCAGACCGCUCGUACACCAGCAACGGUAGCAAGAAGCGAUCAUCUGGAGUCUACAUCAACGGCCAGAAGGUUCUUGAUCUGAACCGUCGUGAGCGUCGACCAAGCUCUCGUCACCAGGAGAGAAUUGUCUUGGUGGACAGCCCCCCUACACCGCGCACUCCUCCCCAGCAAUGGAAUGCCCCUCACACUGCCCCUGCAUCACCCAUCUCAAACACAUACAUCGUUGACUCUUCACGGGACCCUAACAAGCGCCGACCCGUCAUCGUUGAUGAGCGAACUCUUCAGCCUGACCAGCGCCGUGUCCAAAUCGAAGUCGUUGACAACCACCACCGCUCCAAGCACCACCGCCACUCAUCAAGCGGCUCCCGACACUCCGACCAAGAGGAGGAGCGUCGCCAACGCCGCCGCGAGGAGAAGCGCCGAGAGGAAGCUGAGCUUCGUCUCCGCACUCGCAUCGCAGAGGCCAACGCAAAGAUUGCCUCUCGACCUGUCGCCCCUGCCCCUGCCCCUCCCAAGCGCUCCGCUACAUACAAGCGCCCCUCCGUCGAAGUCGUCGACAGCCAAGCAGUUCUCGCUGAUGAGCUUCGACGCCUGAGCUUUGAGGAGGAGCGUCGUGAGGACAAGGCUCGCCGCCUUGCUCGUCGCGAGGAGAAGAAGGAGGAGGAGGCUCAACGCGAGCGUCUCCGUGAGCGCAUGCAGCCCAAGCGACGUCUCACAAUUGGCGCUGGCAGCAGACGGCCCUCUGAGAUGUACGAGCCAGGAGUGUACCGAUAUGAGUAAACGAUAUAGUUGAAGAAUUUGGUCUUGUAUCACUUUGAUCUGUUUUACAUGGAGUUUUUGAAGCAAAUGAUAUUUAGCGAUUAGACUUGGGAUUGGGAAUUAUUCUGUAUACGUUUUUAGGGAGUUUGAUAUUGGGAUUUGGAUACCAGUGGGCAAGGCAAUGAGCCGAUUUUAAGGAUUACAGAACACUUAGUUAGAUACAAGCCACAAAACAGAAGAAAAAAAAAGGAACUCAGAAUGGGUUUUGUUUUUUGAAUA